AUGCCUGGUGUUCCACCCGACGCGCUCGAGCAAGUCAAGAAGGGCUUCAGGCGCUUCUUCAGCAGCCGCAAGAAGUCUAAGAAGCAACCCGCCCAACAGGCCGAGCCUGCUCCUGCUGCGACAACUGCUGCCCCCGUCGCUGCUGCUGCUGCGGCCAGUGAGACAGCUCCCGCGAAACCCACCGCCCCCACUGCCACUCCGGACUCUGCCCCAGAUGCUACCAAGGCGCCCGAGGCACAGGAUGCGGCCGCUGCGGCCCCUGUCGCCCCUGAGAUGACCGCUACUGCCGGCCCCGUCGAGACUCAUUACGAGCCCGAGCCUGCUGCUUCUGCUGCUGCUGCUCCUGCCCCUGCCGCCGCCGCCGCCGCCGCCGCUGCUCCUGCACCUGCUGCGCAGCCCGAGGCCGCUGUUACUAAGCCCGAGGAGCCUGCUGCUCAGAGCGAGACCCCUGCUGCUAAGCCCGAAGAACCUGUCAAGCCCGAGGAACCUGUCGCUAAGCCUGAGGAGGCUGCUGUGAAGCCCGAGGAGCCCGUCGCUAAGCCCGUGGAAUCCGCUGUUAAGCCCGAGGAACCAGUCGCUAAGACCGAGGCCCCUGCAACCGAGGAACCCGCUGCCGUACCCGAGGCCACUGCCGCUGCACCUGUGGAACCUGCCAAGACCGAUGCACCCGCUAAAUAG